UGGAAACGCAACCGUGGCCUUGUUUCUAUGGAAACUCGAAGCCUAGCCUUGACUAAACGGAGGGAGGCUGAGUGAGGCCUGACCCAGCCUUUCACACACCUUGCCACCCACCCGUCCCUUCACAGAUUUGGAGCUUCCCACGCAGGUAAGUCACCACACACUACAUGUCUAGCCUCAAAUUUAGCAGGUAGAAAGCCCUGACCCAAAUCCUCACAGGGUCCCCUCUCUCCUCUUCCAGAGGAUCCCCCAGACAGGCAGCCCCUUCCCUGUAUUUGCUUCAAGGGCUAUUGGGGGGAGUGAAUUUAUUUUCCCUAUAUAUGCUGCCACCAAAUAUAUUAAACCGGGCCCAUUUAAUGUGACCAGAAUGUUUGAGGUCUCAGUGUCUGAUAUUUUCCCUCAGCCAACAAUUCCAAAUCAGCCAGGGUUAAAACAAAACAAAAUUAAACUUUAUUUACAAGCUGGAACAUAGGAGUGAAUGUUUUUUAAACUCCUAACUAAACUGGAGUUAAACAGGGAAUGUUUCAGUGUAACAGAACAAGUUUUAUAGCCAGCUAUCUUUCUGCUGCCUCCCAUAGCAAUGUCCAAAACCUUUCUCUCCAGCCUCUCACACCAACAGACUGUCACUGGUUCAGCAUUCCACCCACUUCCAUUGAUUGUCUCCCAGGAGAGGCAGAGCUGGAGCCAGUUCUGUCCAUUGCAAUUCUUAACAUAAAAGCAAACGCUGUGUAGUAGCUGUUACGAAGACCAAUCAUAAUGACUCAGUUUCAUGUGCAGGCUUUUGAUUUCUACAGAGCUCUUCAUUGAGUUGUGGGACAGAAAAAGAUGGUUCUCCCCAACUUGCACAUGAAGUUGUCUCAUUUUGAUUGGUCUUAAUAAAAGGUACUAAUGGCUUUUGUUUUUGUGUUUUUCUUUGGAUUAAUAUGGUUUCCUAAGACCUGACUGAAUGGGUUUGUUUUCCUUUUCUUCUUCUGUCCUAUUUAUCUUUUAUAUUGUCUAUAUUAUAUUGCAGGUAUUAUUUUAAAUUGUAAAUUGCCUUGAACACAAUGGUGCAAUGACAAUAUAUAAAUAUAUCAAAUGAAUAUUCCUUUAUAUGGAAUCUUUCUAUAGCCUUUGGAAUAUAAUACCCAUCGGGGUUUGGGGAAGUAACAUUCCUCUGAAUGAAAAGGAGGGGCAGAGAAAUAAUUUGGAGCUCUGACAUGAGACAGGACUUUGUGAGUUUGCUGAGGAUGAAGCAUCUUGAACAGCUGAGGAAGAGCUAGUGCAGAGUUAAUGGAUUUUGCUCCCACUAUGCCUUAUUUGUACUUUAAGUUUAUAAAACAAAAAUUAAACAGACUCCGUCAGUAUCCAGUACUCCCUCGUCCAAAGAAACUUAGACUUGGUUGUGUUGGUACUGGAACUUUUCAUUGCUUGGGGUAGCAGGGAGCAUGUAACAGUAAGAAUGUGUGUUAUUGCUAGAAUAAUGUGAUUUGUUUUUGCACAGAUACCCCACUUCAAAUUAAUGUUUUUGUUGUCAAAAGAUUAUACUCUUUGGAAUAAAGACUGUUGUUUCAGAUGAAACUUUAGUGGUGGUGUUGUUCCUUGGUUCCCGAAUGGAGGGCAUGAUAGAUUUUCAUGCUCUGGAAAAAGAGCUGCAAGAGGCUGUGGCUGCUGAUGAGAAGUACCAGAGAGAAAACGAUGCCAAGUUUCGAGCAGUGCGCCAGAAAGUGGCAUCUUAUGAAGAAUUCAGGGAUAUUGUUUUAGCUUCACACUUGAAGCCUCUGGAGAAAAAGGACAAGAUUGGAAAUAAGACAAAGGUACUGUGGAACUCCUGUGCAAGAAAAGCAAGCCAUAGACAAGAAAGCAAAGUGGAGUUGCCUCAGGAGUUACAACAACUUCCCAAGACCUCAUCAGAGUUCUACAGAAAUUGGCGCAGAUACAUGAAAAACAGCCAAGAACAGUACCAGUUCCUGCUCCAACUUGGGUCCCAGAAGCUGGGCCAUAUCUUCCAAGCUGAUCUUGCCUUUGGUUUACUGGGGGAAUUCCUAACAGUGCUCAGUGAAAAUGUCAGCCUCAAAGAUCAAGACUCUGUCCUGGAGAUCUUAGAGAGUCUUUCAGGCACCAAACGCUUUGGACUGAAUGUAGAACUCCUGAGCAAGCAUGAGAAGGAAAGUUGCAGGCAUUUGUUUGAGAAACUACAAAGGGUGGAGACAGGUUCUGUGUGCUCUUCUGAAUUUGUACAUGCUUCAGCUGAAGAAAAUACCACCGUUACCAAACCCAGUUGCCAAAGAGGUGGAUCAGCUGAAAGAAAACGGGUGGAACUGAUGGACCUUUACCAAGUGCUCUGAAUGUGCCUGAGCACAUCAGCCACCCCAUUGUGCAGAAUGUGGAGAGGACAGGAAUGCCCACCGUGGCCCUCCCUUUUCAACCCUCUUCAAAAUGAAUAGGAGAUGUGCAAUCUCUCACAAACAUUCUUGAGCUUCCACUGUUUAUUUCCAUGAAGUUUGUGCAGACCAGAUACCUAGGGGAUGGGCCCAUAUUGGAUUCAGUGCUUGCUUCUUGUCUCUGCUUGUGUGGGUUCUGCCAUCUCCACCCAAGCAGAUAGUCCACUGUGAAUACAUGUGGCAAGUGAUUGAUUUAAGGCACAUCUACUUUAUAGGUUUGUUUAGCUGUAAUUGAUUGCAUAUUUGUUAUGGCAUAUAGGUCUUUCUGUUAUGUCUGGAACUCAAAGGCAUGGCCCCUACCCAGUUUGUAGUUCCAAGGCUCAGCCAACACAAUCACUGCUGAAGCAAUAA